CCUGUGAUUCCGAGGGACACGGCGGUCGUCGGCGCCGGGGCCCCGCCUGCCAAGGCAGGUCGCGAGGGGGCGGCGCGUCCCUCCCGGCGUCCACACCGUCUCAAAUCGACAGUGGGGUCAGUCCCAUCGCAACCGCGUGAUCGCAGGCCUUGGGGAGGCGGGGAAACUCCGGGAGGUGGAGUUCCUCAGCCAGCAACCCCGCACCCAGCCCAGAGCCUUGUCGAGUGGGUAGCCAGGAAUGAUUGAAGAAGGAGAGAGAAAGCGAAAGGAAGCCCAAGGUGCAGGUUGGAUGGCAGCACUGCCCCCUGGGCCGAUUCGUCCGGCCCAGAGAUGCCAGCACCGCCCGCCUGCCCGCCCUCCGCAGCUCAGUCCCUGUGACCUGCUCCUUAGAGAGGAGUUCAUGUUUUGACCCGGCUCCAGUCACGUGGGCAGAGUGACUGUCAGCACCAGUCCGCGCGCUUCGCGGCGCAGACACUGACCCGGGUGGCUCCGCGUGGCGCAAGACUUUGGGGCGUGGCCACCCGAGCAGCCGGCCGUGGGCUCGGGCAGCCUGACGUCACACCGCACCCCGAGGUAUUUACCUUCGAAAAGUGGUGGCGGCUGCAGGUACCGGAGUAGUGGAGCGGCCGGGGCGGGGGCUAGGUGUACUGGGGUUCACCGCCAACCCUAACCCGGUCCAAGGCAAAGGAAUGCCCUGCCUCUGAUGCCCUCUUCCCACACCCCACAGACGAGUCCAAAACUCUUCCCCAUAGGAUUAACCCUCUCCCACUUCGAUCCUUGAUUUAAUUCAAUCCCUACCUUUGAGAGUUUGAGCCUCAGAUUUGGAGCCCCAAAUACUAUCUCCCUCCUGACGACUCACUUUUAACCCUAAUCACCCACUUUCAAGUCUGGCCCCCAUUCUCAUCCUGAACUCGCAUCCUCAGCCCUGAAAACUCCUUUCUGGCUCCCAACAUCCAUCCAUAGAUUCCACCCUAAGGGACCCCUCCAACCCACACCGUCCCCGGUGCUUCUCCCUCACCAUACAUCCCUUCUGCUCAGUCUGGCCCAGGCCCUGUGCCCCUGAAGACAUGGAGUUUGUGUCUGGAUACCGGGAUGAAUUCCUUGAUUUUGCUGCCCUCCUCUUUGGCUGGUUCCGCAAGUUCGUGGCAGAGCGCGGGGCUGUAGGAACCAGCCUUGAGGGUCGCUGGCGGCAGCUGGAGGCUCAGAUCAGAAGGUUGCCUCAGGACCCGGCCCUUUGGGUGCUCCACGUCUUGCCCAACCGCAGUGUGGGCAUCAGCCUGGGGCAAGGGGCAGAGCCAGGCCCUGGACCAGGCCUGGGUGCUGCCCGGCUGCUGGGAGAUGAGCCCCCCCUCCACCUGCGAGACCUAAGUCCCUACGUCAGCUUUGUCAGCCUGGAGGAAGGGGAAGAAGGAGAGGAGGAGGAGGAGGAGGAAGAAGAGAAUGGAGAGGAGGAGGGUGCCGGCACCAAAAAGGUAGAAACGGAGGAGGAUGGGGAGCCGGCCCCUGGCAGCAGGGAGCCCCCCCGGGAAGCCACCCCUCCAGGGGAGCCAGAGGAGGCCAAGCAGGAGGCUGGAGGUGGCGAGGAUGGCAAAGAAGACAGGGCAGAAGACGGGCCGGGGCCUGAGAGGAGGACGGGGCGGAGAGGUGAUGCUGCUCCCUUGCACCUUUCCUGCCUCUUACUGGUGACGGAUGAACAUGGCAUCAUCCUGGGCAUUGACCUGCUGAUGGAAGGAGCACAGGGGAGCACCGGCAGGGGCUCAGGGGCUGAGAACCUGGCUCCUCGAGCCUAUGCUCUCCUCUGCCAUAGCAUGGUCUGCCCCAUGGGCUCCGGAGACCCCCGAAAGCCCCGACAGCUUACUGUGGGAGAUGCCCAGCUGCAUUGGGAGCUGGAGAAUCUGGUCCCAAGGCUGGGAGUGAAGUUAGCCAAGACCCCGAUGCGGACAUGGGGUCCCCGGCCAGGCUUCACCUUUGCCUCCCUUCGGGCUCGAACCUGCCAUGUUUGUCAUAGGCACAGCUUUGAAGUGAAACUGACACCCUGCCCCCAGUGCGGUGCUGUCUUGUACUGUGGAGAGGCUUGUCUCCGUGCGGACUGGAAGCGAUGCCCAGAUGACGUAAGCCACCGAUUUUGGUGCCCAAGGCUUGCAGCCUUCAUGGAGCGGGCUGGAGAACUGGCAACCCUGCCUUUUACCUACACCGCAGAGGUGACCAGUGAAACCUUUAACAAGGAGGCCUUCCUGGCCUCCCGUGGCCUCACUCGUGGCUACUGGACCCAGUUCAGCAUGCUGAUUCCAGGCCCUGGCGCCCCCAGGCACCCAAGGGGCAGCACACCCUCCCUCAGCCUUCUUCUCCAUGGAGAUCCUUACCAGCCUCUCCAGGGGGAUGGGCCAGCUCUGAUGCCUCCAGUGCCCCCAGAUUCACCCAGGGGCCUCUUUGGCUCGUGGCAGGAUUACUACACGUGGCGGGGCCUCAGCUUGGACUCACCCAUGGCCGUGCUCCUCACCUACCCACUAACUGUGUACUACGUCAUCACCCACCUGGUGCCCCAGUCCUUCCCUGAGCUCAACAUCCAGAACAAACAGUCACUGAAAAUCCAUGUGGUGGAGGCCGGGAAGGAGUUUGACCUUGUCAUGGUGUUUUGGGAACUCUUGGUCUUGCUCCCCCAUGUGGCCCUGGAGCUGCAGUUUGUGGGUGACGGCCUGCCCCCCGAAAGUGACCAGCAGCACUUUACCCUGCAGAGGGAUGGCCCUGAAGUAUCUGUCCGCCCUGGUUCUGGCGUAUCAGCACGGCUCAGCUCUGGGACUAAGGAGAAGGGGGGCCGCAGAGACCUGCAGAUCAAGGUGUCUGCAAGGCCCUACCACCUGCUCCAGGGGCCCAAGCCUGACUUGGUCAUCGUCCCUCCGAGUGCCGGCCUUCUUCACCGAGAGCAGCGAGUAUGGCUGUGUGAUGGACGACCAGACCAUGGCGGUGGCCACAGGAGGGGGGACCAGCCCUCCACAGCCCAACCCUUUCCGCUCCCCCUUUCGCCUCAGAGCGGCAGACAAUUGCAUGCCCUGGUAAGGCCUUCGUACUCUCUGGCUGCUCAUCCUGAAAAGCCCACCUCAACCCUCGUCUCUAUGGUCCUGGGACCCUCCUGGCCCAGCCCUACCCUCUGCUUCCUCCGCCCGCACUCCUCACUUCCCCCACUGGAGGGUCUCGACAACGCCCACACACCCCUCUACAGAACCAGCUCACAAAAUCUCUCCAACCCCUGGUCCUCGACCCAGCAAAACAUAGCCCUGAUUACACCCUGGCUGGCCCACGGAGCCCUAAGCCUACCCGCCCCUCCCGGGAACGUAGAAUUUAUAACCCCAGCCCCUUGGAAUAGCCUAGCCUCUUGGCCCCGCCCCUGAUGGAGCCACGCCUCCUCAGGUACUGCAACGCUUUCAUCUUCCACUUGGUCUACAAGCCCUCGCAGGGAAGCGGGGCCCGCCCGGCGCCCGGGCCGGAGACUCCCGCCCCAACUCCUACAGCCCCUCCCGCCCCCGCCCGUAGGCGCCGAGGAG